UUUAUUCUGUUGUUGUUUCGGGUCAGCUUGACACUGCAAAUGAAUUGUUAGCAGCCACGUCUCAAAGUCAGGUGCAUAGAUAUGGGUAACCCAGAUAGAUAGUGGCGUGUUUGCGUGUAGUGGGUGUAGUCUCAUUUAGCACUCCCUCAUGUUGUGGAAUACGGCUGGCUUUUUAGCUUCCAGCAGCCCACGUUGCCGCAAAAAAAACAGCGGCUAGCUAACGACAAUGUGCAACUUCCUCUUUCCAUAAGUCUCGCUGCUGUCUCCUUAACAAGCUGGGUUUUCGGUAUUUUUUCCGUCCAAAUAUUGAAGCAUCCGAUUCAAAGACAGCUUCUGCAGCAGAGGACAGGGGACACCAGGACCUAAAACAUUCACAGCAAGACUGAGAGACUAAUACAUUGCUGGACCAAUCACAAGAUGGACUAACUAUCAAAACUUCCACCACCCCCCCUUAUCACCCACCUGUUGGGCCCUUGGGGGCCGUCAGGCAGCAGGCGUGAUGCCAGGCGGCUGGCAGACUGCCAGGCACCCGAUGUGGCGCCUCCUCUCACCGUUCAGCACCCGCCAGGAGCGAGUGGUGCUGGCCCGCAGCGAGAGCCUGCCGGGGGAGCAGGUGCUAAAGAUCACAGUCACAGAGACUACGGUGAUCGAGGCGGAGUCAGGGGUGUGGAACUGGCGCUCCAUGACCUACCUGGGCCUCUGGUACUUCUUCAGCUUCUGCACCCUGUUCCUCAACAAGUACAUCCUGUCACUGCUGGAGGGGGAGCCCAGCAUGCUGGGUGCUGUUCAGAUGCUCUCCACCACCGUCAUAGGCUUCCUAAAGAUGUUUGUGCCCUGUUGCCUGUACCAGCACAAGCCCAGAACCGAGUACCCCCCCAACUUCAUCAUCAUCAUGCUGUUUGUUGGACUCAUGAGGUUCACCACAGUGGUUCUGGGCUUGGUGAGCCUGAAGAAUGUGGCGGUGUCUUUUGCAGAGACAGUGAAGAGCUCAGCACCCAUCUUCACUGUCAUCAUGUCCAGGCUGAUCCUCGGGGAGUACACAGGACUGUGGGUGAACCUGUCCCUGUUCCCUGUCAUGGCUGGCUUGGCCCUCUGCACAGCCACGGAGAUCAGCUUCAACAUGCUCGGCUUCUCCGCCGCGCUCUCCACCAACAUCAUGGACUGUUUGCAGAACGUGUUCUCCAAAAAACUGCUAAGUGGAGACACAUACAGGUUCAGCCCUCCAGAACUGCAGUUCUAUACCAGUGCAGCAGCAGUCAUCAUGCUUAUACCUGCCUGGGUGUUCCUCUUGGACAUCCCAGUGAUUGGGACGAGUGGGCGGAGCUUCAUCUUCAGUCAAGACAUUAUCCUAUUGCUGCUUUUCGACGGUGGCCUGUUCCACCUGCAGAGCGUCACUGCCUAUGCUCUCAUGGGACGGAUUUCUCCUGUCACCUUCAGUGUUGCCAGUACUGUCAAACACGCCCUGUCAGUUUGGCUGAGCAUCAUCGUGUUCAAUAACCAGAUCACCAUCCUCAGUGCCACUGGCACGGGCCUCGUGUUCAUCGGGGUCUUCUUGUACAACAAGUCCAGGCAGUUCCAGAGGGAAACUUUACAGGCCAUGGCUGCUGAGCAGAACCACAAACCACUACUGCAGGACCAGAACAUCCAAACCCCUGAGUCUCACUGAGGACCCAGCAUUUAAGACUAAAAUCCUGCCUGAAAUGGGAUUAAGGUAUUAACAAAAUUCUGUUGGCUUACCUGUGGCUGUACAGACGGGAUGACUGGAUAUUUGUUUGUUCUUUACCAUGCACACAUUCCAGUUAAAGAGAAGCCACUCAUGUUUUGUUUUUUCCAGGUUCAAUUUAGUGUCAAUGUCAUGUCUUCAAGCUUCAAGUAAACUUUGGUGACUGGCUCGGUACAGGUCAGUGUCUGUUUGACUAAGCCAUCACUAGUCCUGUGGAACGGUGUAUAUACAGUAUUUCUUUGUCCCUAACCUGAUUACGUAAUUACACUUUAAUCAUCCAUGAUCCUUUGUCUUAUAUCGGUCAGUAAAAGGGGAAGCUCAGGGUGUCCUUCAGCUUUUUAAAGGAAGCAACUUCUGUAAGCUUUUUGUCUUACAUUUGCAUUCCAGAGUGUGCCGGUUUAUCUCUCAUCUGUGGUACAGCAGCUGCUGAAUGUAUGCUAUUGUGAAUAUCUGUAAAGCAUUGAAGCUGUAAGAUUUUCAUUUUGUGAGGGUGUGACCUACACUGUAUCUGUACAAUGUAAAAUGUAUCUUGAUUGCAUCUGAAUAUAAGAUGUGAAUAGGGCACCAGUGCCUGAGAUGGGAGGCCUUUUACAGGCUUGUCCAGCCAAAGCUUAGACUGACGGUUUGACACAUUUUAAAACAAUGUGUGGAACAUCUGAAAGCCACAUACUGCAUUCUAGGAAUGCUCAUCCUCUAUCAUGAACUGUUGUGGGUGUAUGUAGGGGUUUAUGUACGUGCAUUUCCUUUGUUAACUGACUCUCCCCAAAUGCAUGUAUUGGCAAUCAUGAACAGGAAAAGGGCCUCAAGGAAUGAAUAGAUCGAUGAGCUGCUGCUGUAAAUUCAUUUACAAUUAAGGUGUGAACACAUACAGGGUUAAGGAUUAGUAAGGGCCGUCCUAAUACCAAUUAUGCAUUUCUUAAACAUACAUGGAGUAAUACUCAAACAUGGAAAAUGCUGUGGCAGGUGACUGAGAUAAAAUGAUGCAGUUUGUGUUAUCGUUAUGCACCAAUAAUCUCACUCACACACACACACACACUCAAAUCUAUAAUUGUGUGCACACACUAACACAAAACCUGGUAUGGGUUCCUAUUACCUCUUACAGUAUGUCUGUGGUCUAUGAACAAAAAGCACCUCUGAAGUACAGCCUUGGAACGGAGUAUAAGUGUUUUUAAAAAGAAAAACAGCUUAUUACAACUUGGGUUUUUAUUUUCGUAGCUCGACCCAUCAGCUGUGUUUAGUUAUGGCAAACAGUCAGGCGAUCAAACAGGUUUUAAACAAACCAAACAAAAUUAGUAGAAAAGGUUUCAAUCGUAGUCAUCUGGACACUGUUUUCAGAAUCAAGACGUUUCGGCUCUCAUCCGGAAGUCAUUCUCAAUUGUGAAAAAUGGUCUGAGAACUCAGAAAUUACUCCGGAUGGGAGCCGAAACGUCUUGAUUCUGAAAACAGUGUCCAGAUGACUACGAUUGAAACCUUUUCUACGAUGGAACAUUCCUGGACGAAUGAGGGACUACACCGUCAAACAAAAUUAGUAAAAUCCGAAGGCAAACUGUAAAAUGAAUGCACAAAUUGUCUGUUGUAAACAUCCAACACAGUUUACAAAACGUAUUACUUACUUAACAAAGCUUAUUAGCGACAUUACACAAGCUCACUUUUGGUUUUACCUCCAAAUAAAGUGGAUACUUAUGUGGCCAAACUGUUUGCUUGUUUACAAGCUGUCUGAUUGUCCGACUGCUGGUGUUUCUAGCCCCGUUGGAUCUGUUUUUAGCAAUGUGUUCCAAGAUCUCAGGUGAUUGCAGAGUUUUCCUUUUUAAACAGAAAAGCUUUAUGCCAUACGUAUCGAACCCUUGUUAAUUUAUACUAGUAGGAUUCCAUGUAAAACCUGUGCCACUGGUGGAAGUGUCAUCUCUGUGAGCCAUCCUGUGGUUGCUACUUUUAAACAUACAUCAGCUGUUCUGAAUAAGUUCAUGAUGAGAGCUGCGACGACAUUGAAAUUCCCAUUCAUUAAGAUCCCUUUCUGUCCUCACUGAGUGUCAUUUCAGCUUCUGUGGUGUUCCUUCCACAGACGUCUUCCUUCCAUAGAAACAAAUUAGUAAACAGCUGCAUGGUGCCAAUAAUCUAACAUACAGUACAUAUGAAUCUUAUUCUGACCAUACUGCUUCAAUCAUACUUCCUCUAGUCUCCUACUCUACUUGUGUGUGCGUUCAGGCUUCUUUCCAAUUUCUUCUGAAGUCAGUGUCUAACAAAGUCCAUCAGUUGUCUGAUAGGACUAAUCUGUAUUAAUCAUUGUCAGUCUGACACUUGAGUCAGUUUGAUUUUUUGUAAGCAUUUCAGCUCUGCCAUGGCUGCAGUUUUUGUGCCUGAAGAAACAGUCUUUUUUUUCUUUCCUGACAUUUGUUGUGCCCACACUCAGGCAUCUCUUUUGAAUUUGACCAUAAGGGUUGUCUGACUUGAAAAUAUAUUUUUAAAUUACCAUUAUAAACAUGUUCAUUCUACAUGGUUAUUUCCUGUUAUUGUUUGAGAAUUUGUUUCUCGUUAAAAGUGCUUAUAAAAACCAGUUGUGGGCUUACAUUUAAUAUUGAUAAUCUACAAAUAUAUCUUUCUACAGUAUUCUUCCAUAUUAAGUCUUUGGGAUGCUGCUUCAAGAGGCAAGUUCAAACAUGAGUUUUUCAGUGAAUUUGUAUCAUUAAAGGUUCAGAGGUGGAACGUGUUGAGGUAGGAGAGAGCAGUACGUUUGGGAACGUACAAAUCAAAGAUGUAAAAAUAUUCACUAAUGUAACUUAGUGAGGAUGUUAUGAUGUUUGGUGGAAAAUAAAAGUAUUUUCUCUUCAGCA